AUGGUCAUGGGUGGAAUUUCGUUCCUCAAAUUGUUGCCCUUCGUGGCUAGUUGCGUCAUUGCUGGUGUCACAUAUCCUCAGAUUCCGACGGAUUUGACUACACCAUUCCAGCAGCGAUUGGCAGUCUAUGGACCUAAUGCUGUGUCGGUUGGUUGGAAUACCUAUGGACAGCUGGAACAAAGUUGCGUGAGCUAUGGCUUGUCAGAAAGCAACCUGAACACCAAAGCUUGCUCAUCUUCGUCGACCACCUACGACCCCUCCCGGACGUGGUCGAAUGUCGCCAUCCUAACAGGCCUGACCCCCGGGACAACCUACUACUAUAAGAUCGAGUCCACAAACUCGACAGUGGGCCAUUUCCUCAGCCCUCGCACACCCGGCGAUAAAACUGCGUUCAGCAUGGACGUGGUCAUUGAUCUUGGUGUCUACGGCAAAAAUGGCUUCACAUCUCAAAGCACAAAAAAGGACACCAUCCCAGUUGUGGAGCCAGAACUAAACCACGCCACAAUUGGUCGCCUCGCGGAAACGAUCAACGAUUACGAGCUCGUCAUCCACCCAGGAGACUUCGCUUACGCCGACGACUGGUAUCUCAAGUUCGCAAACUUGCUGGAUGGCAAAGAAGCCUACGAGGCCAUUAUCGAACAAUUCUACGACCAGCUCGCACCAAUCGCAGGCCGCAAGCUCUACAUGGCCAGCCCCGGAAAUCACGAAGCAGACUGUUCAGAGAUUCCAUACUUGAACGACCUUUGCCCUAAAGGCCAAAAUAACUUCACUGAAUUUAUGCACCGUUACGAGAAUCUCAUGCCGCAGUCUUUUGUUUCUUCGUCAUCCAACACAGCAGCCCAAACCCUGGCUCGCACAGCCCGCAACCUCUCAAACCCACCCUUUUGGUAUUCUUUCGAGUACGGCAUGGCCCAUGUCGUCAUGAUCGACACCGAAACAGAUUUCCCUAAUGCACCAAGCGGAAAAGAUGGCUCCGCUAAGCUGAACGGGGGGCCAUUUGGUGCUCCAAAUCAGCAGCUCGACUUCCUCAAGGCUGACCUCGCUUCCGUCGAUCGAAGUGUUACCCCUUGGCUAAUUGUUGCCGGGCACAGACCGUGGUACUCAACUGGAGGAUCGUCGAGCAUCUGCGGUCCCUGCCAAGAGGCGUUUGAGGGUCUGUUUUACCAGUACGGCGUUGAUGUCGGUGUUUUUGGCCAUGUGCACAACUCGCAGCGGUUUGCACCUGUUGUUAAUGGCACCGCCGAUCCCAACGGCAUGGAGAACCCUAAGGCGCCCAUGUAUAUUAUUGCUGGCGGUCCGGGUAAUAUUGAGGGGUUGAGCUCUAUUGGCAGCCAGCCUACCUAUACGGAGUUUGCGUAUGCCGAUGACUAUAGCUACAGCACGCUUAGCUUUUUGGAUGAGCAGCACUUGCGGGUUGAUUUCGUGAGGUCUUCUACUGGAGAGAUCCUGGAUUCUAGUACUUUGUACAAGACGCAUGCGGUGGAUUUUGUGGAUCAGUGA